AUGUCUUAUCCUUUAGCUAGUCCUCAAAGCGGGCGAGUUCAUGAAUAUGGUCACAAUUUGACAGCAUUCGAGUUUGAAACAAAUCCAGAGGAGGCUGCGCCGAAUGUCUUACUAUUCGUCGCUGGUUUAACCAACGGAUUGAUGAAUGUGCCAUACUUAGUUCCUCUAUCCAAGAAGAUUUCAGCAAUUGAUUCAAAAUACGGGAAAUGGGUUUUGGUCCAAGCAUUGAUCAGCUCGUCGUACGAGGGAUUUGGAACUUCAUCCUUAAAAAAAGAUGCUAAUGAAUUGAGUACCUUGGUGAAGUAUUUGAGAUCAGAAACUGGAGGCAAAAGGAAAAAAGUGGUUCUUAUGGGUCAUUCGACAGGAUGCCAAGAUACCAUGCAAUAUUUGACUAAGAAGUCAUACGAAGGGAGCUUCGAAAGCGCAAUGGUGCUCAACGGAGGUAUUUUACAAGCUCCAGUCUCUGACUCAGAGGCAGCGGCUGCUUUUCUGGGGGACUCUUUGCAAGAGAUUUUGAAAGAAGUUUACGAUGAUUAUAUUUCAAAAGGAAAGCAAGAUCACAUUUUACCUGAAAAGUUUAGAAAAUAUAGUCUUGGAGCUCCUAUCACGGCAUACAGGUUAUACUCAUUGCUCAGUACAAGAGGGGAUGAUGAUUAUUUUUCAUCCUACCUUACACAAGAAGAUUUCAAGAGCUCGUUUGGAAAGGUGAACGUGCCGCUUUUAGUACUCUAUGGGUCAAAGGAUGAAACUGUCCCUGAUUUCGUUGAUAGAGAGAAACUUGUAAAGCUGUGGCAAAACGCAACUAGUAAGCAAUAUUGGUCUCCUCUUUCGAAGGUUUUGAAAGGAGCCACGCAUAACGUUGGUCCAGGAUCUGAUAAAGAUACAUUAUCGGAUUUGACAAAUACCGUAGCACUGUUUAUUGAAAGUCUUUAA